AUGACGAGUGAAAUUGAAGUUGAAAUUUUAAAAUGUCAAGGAAUCAAUAAUAUUCCAGCUUUGUUACGAGCAAGAGAUCUAUAUUCUAUAUUCAAAAUUGACUCUGAAGAAUUAGAAGAUCUAAGAAAUCGUGCAUGUUUAAAAUUAAAGGAUGGCGAAUACAUGAUACGUCCAGCCAUCAAAGACAACCUUGCAUAUUGUAUAAAUGAAUUCAAAAAUAAAUUAAACGAAAAGCAUUCUCAGCCAGAGCAUCCUGAUCAAAAUUCAAACACUCAAGAUGACUCUUUUAUGAUUACAUUUAUCAAAAGUCUUACCGAUAAUAUGAAUCGAUCUAAACAUUGUUAUCAAUAUAAUAUAAACAUGCGACGAUUUACAUCAUGUGUAUAUUUGUUAGGAGGAAGAAAUGUUUAUCAAUUUUUAAAAUUAAAUCUUCCUGGUGCAUUUCCAGCUAUUCAAACAUUAGAUUCCUAUAAUGAAGAAUAUUGUAAACGUAUUCAAGAAGGAGAAUUUCGUUUUGAAGACUUAGAAAAUUAUUCAAAUAAAAUUAAUUCUUUUUUUGUUUAUGCAUCAGAAGAUUGUACAAGAGUUGUUAGUAAGGUUUACUAUGAUGCUGUUAGCAACUCAUUUGUUGGAUUCUGUUCAACAUUCAACAAUGGUUUACCAACUGUUCGUCAAUAUCAAACCAACGACUUUUUUCAAUUAGAGGAGUGGUUUGAAUCAAUAGAAAGAUCAACGUUAAUGAAUAUAUUUACAAUUCAACAUAUAACAAACAAGGGAGUGCCACCUUUUCUUUUGUCCAGUUUUGGUACAAAUAAUAAGCUAGACUCAAUCUCCGUAUUUCAUCGUUGA